GCCGGGCCGGACCGGGCCGGGCGGGCCGGCGGCACCUCCCCCCGGUUCGGGGGGUCCCCGGGCUCGGCCCCCGAACGCCCCUCUCUUCCGUUCUCCAUGUCAUUUCCUGUGCUAAUAAGAUGGUGGUCACGGCCGGGAGGGAGGGAGCCGCCGCUGCCGCCUCCGCCGAGCCCGGCCCGGCCCCGGGACCCGUCCUCGCCUGGGACUAGCCAGCGGGGCCGGCGGGGUGGGAGGGCGCAGCCAGCCGGGCUCCCCCCGCCCCUCCCAGGCGGAGCGGGCCCCCCGACGCCGAGGCGGGCUCCCCGCGCCCGCAGCGCCGAGAACAUGAGUGAGAACUUGAAGGACUGUUUGAUCCAGACCCAAGCUUCCUUAGGUGAGAUGGUGACGAUAAAAACAGAGGCCUGCUCUCCUUGCCGGGACCAGGAGUAUGGACAGCCUUGCUCUGGAAGGCCUGACCCACAGUCCAUAGAGAUGGAGCCCAAGAAACUGAAAGGGAAACGGGAUUUAAUCAUGACCAAGAGCUUUCAGCAAGUGGAUUUCUGGUUCUGCGAGUCCUGCCAGGAGUACUUCGUGGAUGAGUGUCCGAACCAUGGCCCCCCAGUGUUUGUGUCUGACACGCCAGUGCCUGUUGGCAUUCCUGACCGGGCAGCGCUGACCAUCCCUCCUGGAAUGGAGGUGGUUAAAGAGCCCAGUGGGGAGAACGAUGUGCGCUGUAUGAAUGAGGUGAUCCCCAAAGGUCACAUCUUCGGGCCGUACGAAGGGCAGAUCUCUAGCCAGGACAGGUCUGCAGGAUUCUUCUCGUGGCUGAUUGUUGAUAAGAACAACCGCUACAAAUCCAUUGAUGGGACAGAUGAAACCAAAGCAAACUGGAUGAGGUACGUCAUCAUCUCCCGGGAGGAGAGGGAGCAGAACCUGAUGGCCUUUCAGCACAGCGAGAGGAUUUACUUCCGUGCCUGCCGUGACAUCCACCCUGGGGAGAGGCUGCGGGUGUGGUACAGUGAGGAUUACAUGAAGCGGUUGCAUAGUAUGUCCCAGGAGACUAUCAACAGAAAUUUCACAAGUGGAGACAAAAAGUUACAGAGUGAAAAGUCAGAAAAGAACAUAGAAAAUCAAGAGGAUGCAAGGGGGCCACUCCACUUCACCACCUUAAAGCAAGGGAAGAGCCCCUACAAGCGCAGCUGUGACGAGGGGGAAUCCCACCCCCAUACAAAGAAAAAAAAGAUUGACCUCAUCUUCAAAGACGUCCUGGAGGCUUCUUUGGAGUCUGCCAAGUUUGAUGAGAACCAGUUAGCAACAAGUACACCACUUGCCAUCAGAAAAGCAUCUAAAUACCAGGCUGAAGACAUCUUUGAGCAGUGUGGCGGUGCCAUGCAGCACAGCUCCCUGAGCCUCAGCAGAAACCAGAGCGAAGGGGAAUGGAAGGUCCCCCACAGUUCCUCUUUCAUCUCAGCCAAGGAGGUGGGCAUCCUUGAAGAUGAGGAAGAAGAGCCCCUGUCACUCAAAGCAGACAGCCCAACCGAGUUGUCACUGGUCUCUGCACAAGGCAACUCCCAUGAAAUCCCCAGCACAUCCUUUUGCCCCAACUGCAUCCGGUUGAAGAGGAAAAUCCGGGAGCUACAGGCUGAGUUAGACAUGCUGAGAUCUGGGAAGUUACCUGAGCCACCCGUGUUACCGCCCCAGGUACCCGAGCUCCAAGAGUUCUCAGACCCCACAGCUUCAGAAAGCAUCAUCUCAGUUCCCACCAUCAUGGAGGACGAUGACCAAGAGGUGGAUUCUGCUGAUGAAUCAGUUUCCAAUGACAUGAUUGCUGCUACAGAUGAGCCUUCCAAGAUGUCUUCUGCGACAGGCCGGAGGAUACGGCGGUUCAAGCAAGAGUGGCUUAAAAAGUUUUGGUUUCUGCGGUACUCCCCAACACUGAAUGAAAUGUGGUGCCAUGUCUGUAGACAGUACACAGUGCAAUCCUCUCGGACUUCAGCCUUCAUCAUUGGCUCAAAGCAGUUCAAGAUACACACGAUAAAGCUUCACAGCCAGAGCAACCUCCACAAGAAGUGCCUGCAGCUUUACAAGCUCAGGAUGCACCCAGAGAAGACAGAAGAGAUGUGCCGAAAUAUGACCCUGCUCUUCAAUACAGCCUACCACUUGGCCCUAGAGGGCAGGCCCUACUAUGACUUUCGGCCUCUGGCGGAACUACUGAGAAAGUGUGAACUCAAGGUGGUGGAUCAGUACAUGAAUGAAGGAGACUGCCAAAUCUUAAUUCACCAUAUCGCCCGGGCUCUUCGAGAGGACCUGGUUGAACGCAUCCGGCAGUCUCCCUUCCUCAGCAUCAUUCUGGAUGGACAGAGCGAUGAUUUGCUUGCAGACACGGUUGCGGUCUAUGUGCAGUACACGAGCAGCGAUGGGCCUCCGGCAACUGAAUUCCUGUCCCUUCAGGAGCUGGGCUUUUCUACAACAGACAGUUACCUCCAAGCAUUAGACCGGGCUUUUUCCAGCCUGGGAAUACGACUGCAGGAUGAGAAGCCAACUGUUGGCUUGGGAGUUGAUGGUGCUAACAUUACUGCCAGUCUCAGAGCCAACUUGUUCAUGACAAUCAGAAAGACCUUGCCCUGGCUUCUCUGCCUGCCCUUUAUGGUGCAUAGACCCCACUUGGAAAUUCUGGAUGCCAUCAGUGGGAAGGAACUACCGUGUUUGGAGGAGCUGGAAAAUAAUUUGAAGCAGCUGCUCAGUUUCUACCGUUAUUCUCCCCGACUCAUGUGCGAGUUGAGAGUCACUGCUGCCACUCUGUGUGAGGAAACUGAGUUCUUGGGGGACAUUCGAGCAGUGAAGUGGAUCAUCGGGGAGCAGAAUGUGCUUAAUGCUCUAAUCAAGGAUUACCUUGAGGUUGUGGCCCAUCUCAAAGAUGUCAGUGGCCAGACCCAAAGGGCAGAUGCUUCUGCCAUUGCCUUGGCCCUCCUGCAGUUCCUGAUGGACUACCAGUCAAUUAAACUCAUCUACUUCCUGCUGGAUGUGAUUGCUGUGCUUUCACGCCUUGCCUACGUCUUCCAAGGGGAGUACCUUCUUGUGUCGCAGGUGGAUGAUAAAAUAGAGGAGGCCAUCCAGGAGAUCAGCCGGCUAGCAGACUCACCUGGGGAGUACUUGCAGGAGUUUGAGGAAAACUUCCGUGAAAGCUUUAAUGGCAUUGCUGUGAAAAACCUACGGGUGGCUGAAGCCAAAUUCCAGUCGAUCAGAGAAAAGAUCUGCCAAAAGACCCAGGUGAUCCUGGCCCAAAGGUUUGAUUCCCGCAGCCGGACAUUUGUGAAGGCCUGUCAGGUAUUUGACCUUGCAGCUUGGCCCAGAAGCACUGAUGAGCUCAUGAGCUAUGGGAAGGAGGAUAUGGUACAAAUAUUUGAACACCUGGAGACAGUCCCAUCAUUUUCCAGAGAGGUUUGCAGAGAGGGGAUGGACACCCGAGGGAGUCUGCUGAUGGAGUGGCGAGAACUCAAGGUGGAUUAUUAUACCAAAAACGGUUUUAAAGACUUGCUUAGUCACAUUUGUAAAUACAAACAGAGAUUUCCCCUCCUAAAUAAAAUAGUUCAGAUCCUCAAAGUCCUUCCCACCUCUUCGGCCUGCUGUGAGAAGGGGCGCACUGCCCUGCAGAGAGUGCGCAAGAACAACCGCUCUCGGCUCACGCUGGAGCAGCUCAGUGAUCUGUUGACAAUUGCUGUUAACGGGCCACCCAUUGCUAACUUUGAUUGCAAAAGGGCACUAGAUAGUUGGUUUGAGGAGAAGUCCGGUAAUAGUUACGCGCUGUCAGCAGAAAUGCUGAGCAGGAUGUCAUCUCUUGAUCAGAAGCCGAUGUUGCAGAGCAUGGACCAUGGCUCUGAGUUUUACCCUGAUAUUUAGGAAGGAAUGCCUCAGAUCAGAAAGCAGUUGAAUAAUUUUUUAAUCUAUACUCUAAACUUUGAUAUAUUAUAUAAAAUAUAUAUAUUAUCUAUAUUAAGGAAAAACCCACACUGAAAAUUUAAAAGUUAGACGAUGUGCGUCUGAUAGAAGCUAAGCAGAAUUUUAAAGAUUGAGACAAUGUUUAGACAUUUACUAGUGUCUCCAACCAUGGCAGCUGCAAUGUAGGUGGCAACAUUUCAUUCUUCAGAAGCAUGUGCUGGGGCCAUACUCUACAUGUUCAAACUUAACAAUCUAUAAGCUACACAACGGGUCUUUGUCAGCCUCAUCCUCCCGGUGGUUUCCUUUGUAUGUGUGUUGUCGGUUUGUUGGGUUUUGGGGUUUGUUUUGUUUUGGGGUUGUUUGUUUUUUUGUUUUCCCCUCAGUUUUAAUCUCUGCCUCUCCUUCCAUUGUUCAGUCCAGUUAUUGAGCCAUUUGAGCCUUUUGUUGGCAACCAUCACAUUUCUGAUUUCCGACAGAGCAUCCCGUGUGUUUAUGUUGCCCUAAGCUUCCCAGCUCCACCCAGUUCUCUUCAGUUGAAUGGAAGCUUUUUUCGCUCAAGAGAUUACUGGCAGGAGGGAAGAUCUGAGGGCAUGAUUUUGGGUUUUUAUUCUGACUUAGAAACAAAUGCCUCCAUUAAACUGUGAUGCCCCUUUCUCAGUUCUCCCUACCUUUGGGCUGUAGAGUAAUACUUGGCUUUCAGCUCUGUUUAUGAUAACCAUAAUACCAGUCUAUUAUACAUAUAUUAUAACAUGAUGUCAUGUGCAGACUAUAAAAUAGCAAAAUAGAGAAGGCAGGGGGAAAUUUUUGCAUUUAUAUUUUUAUAUUGUAUGAGAUAAAUAUAUAUAUAUAUAUAUUCAACUAUUCAUUCAAAACCAGGGCUGCUGUGGAAGCUAGACAGCCAAUGAGUCGAGAGCCAUCUCUGGGUGGAGAUUCAAAGGCUUAAAAAAUUAUAUUCUAAUUUACAUUAUUUAUACUAUGUCUUUAUAAUCCUAGAUUGUUGUGGGGUUUUUGUUUUGUUUUGUUUUGUUUUGUUUGGAAUGACUGAAAGAAAAACCUGCUGCGGUUUGGUGGCAGGAGCUAUCAAUGCAAGAUUAUCUUGGAUUAUAUUCAUGUGAUGAUGUCCUACAAAGGUUCACGUAUUCUCUUGUGACCAAGGUAACAUGUUCCACAGCGCAGCAGACUGAUGACAGCAGGAAGAAGGGAUGCUCCACUUCUUCCUGCGAAAUCUUUCUUCCUUUCUUGAAGGAAUGUGGAGUCCAGCUGAAAUGUGAAUGGGGGACUUGCACCUUCCAUCACAAAGAGAUUGUUCUGUGGGCUUGGGGCUCUUUUUUGUUUUAUUCUUUUAAAGUAAACAAGCUCCAGGCAUCCACACAAUAUCACUUCAGGUUAGAAAAGAAAAAAAAAAAGGAAUAAAAAAAGCAACAACCAACCAAAAAAAAAAAAAGAAAAAACACAAACCACACAAACAAAAAAGGUGCAAAAACUCCACAGAUGCUAGUGCCUUGCCCUGCUGAUGUGGCAUGGACAGCACCAACCUGACCAGACCAUCAUGGGAGUGAGACCUGUUGUCCAAAAGGUGUCCAAGCCAACAUGUUCUCACUUCCCAGAGGGAUGAGCUUUGUGCCAAGCUGUGUUGUUUGGAAACAUGAUGGUGGUAUCAGCAACACUGAACCUUUCCUUUCUCCUGUUACCCCCCCUGCCCUUGGUCUUGGUGCUAAGAUAUCUCUAGAACCGUUGCUGCUAGAUGAUAGCUUUUCAUUUAUAUAAAAAUAUAUAUAUAUAUAAUAUUAUUUUAUUUUUUAAAUGUUUUUGUUUGUUUUCAAUGGAGAUGUAGCAUGUUUGGAACCGAUCUCUCUCAGAGUCACUUUCACUGCCAGGGUUCACGCACUGUCUUCCCCAGGAAAACACACACUUCUACCUAGGUCUCACUCACCUCCUGCUAACCCCUUUGCCUUCAGUAGAACUUCACAGCCAGCACUGGGCAGAGGCAUGCAGCCAAGCCACUACGGACUGGUUCAGCUUUCACAUCCCACAGGAAGAGCUAGACUGGUGUUGAUCAGGGUUUUGGAAGUGUUUGCCGCUGUCCCUAUAGGACUGAGGAGGGACUGAGCCCACCCAAAGCACUAGUGGUGGCUCAUCCUUGUGCUCAGACUCUGCCCCCUUUUCUGUAAAAUGAGGCCUUUUGGUCAGACAGUCCCAGUGGAGUAGAGUAGACCCUGUGAAUAUAGCAGCGAGGGCUGGUCAGGCAGCGUACCCUCUGUAGCACUUAUUCCCUCUGCCUUACCUCUGACAGCAUGUGCAGCCUGAGGGUAGCUCGGGCAGGAGGGGGCACCUGCGCCAGCGCCAUCCACCUUUUGCCAAAGUGCUGUCAAGGUUGUAGGCACUGAGUGCUUUUCCCUGUGGUCCUCAUGGAAAUGUCACAAGCUAGGUCAGGGCAUCACACUGUCACAGCACAGGGACAUCGAUAUGUAACACCUAGCAAGCAAAAAAAUGGCUUUGUUUGCAUUUUUUUCUGUUUUUCCCUAUAAAUGAUGUGAUAAAAUUGACUCAUUCAUCCAGAGGAGUAAAUAUUAAACUGGAAACCCUCUGCCAGCUGUGCAGACUUGGAUGGUUGUUUGCCUGAUCAUAAAGUAGGGAUCUUUCUACACAAGUUACUUGUAGCUCUCCGGGCCUGGUAAAUAGGCUCUGCUCAGGGUGCUGCCACUAAGCUCAUGGAGCUGCUGCCUGUUGAGGAGACGGCAGGCUUCCUCCCUUUUUAAAAUGUAAGGAGAUGCAAAAAGGUAAAAAAAAAAAGAUUGCUGCUCCAUUAGUUUCCAACCUGGAGAUGGGCAAGGUGAGCAUAAUCAUAGAGUCCGUAGGAACUCCAUUAGCUCUUUGUGGAUGGAGUCGAAAAAUCACCUGCCUUUCUGUUAGCAGCAGCAAAAGUUCCUUGGCACAGAACCCCAUCAAAGUGCCUGGCCCACAUGGAAGGAAGGGAUACUUGAGGACAGACUCCAGACACUUUGGAGACAGGAGUGCUCUCCCAGGGCUUGUGCUGAACCACCUGAGGGGCCUGUUUACAACUCCUGAUCUGAGCCUCCUAACUUUUGCCACUGGGGAGGAAAUGGUGCCUUGCCUUCUCGGCAAGAGCUGCCAGAGGUCCUAUUCUGAAAUGAUUCCUCCAAUUUGUCACUCCUUUCCUUUGCUUCAUUUGCAAAUCCUGCUCUCAUCAGUGAUACCUUUCAUCGGCAGCUGUUAUUCCUAAUGGCAGAGUGAAAUGUACAGCAGGUGGGAUUUUUUCUCCAGGCAGUCAGCUGACACAGGGAAAGUGCUUGUUUCUUUAGCAAAUAACUUUGCUUACACCUGCAAGCAAUGUCAGUAGGAAGCAUGAUUCCCUGCCACUGGAUGUUGCAGAUAUUCAUGAUGGGAAAGGUCAGAGACCCCUUGCAUUGGUGAUGGGGAGAGACAAGAGGUUGGCAGAGCAGCUGGCCCAGCCCAGGCCAGCUCCUUCGACACAAUUCCCUGUUACACCCCCAUCAGAAAAUAAUCCUGGCCUUUAUCCUAGGCUAAUGCAGGUGCUUUGCAAGCUUUCCCUCCAGGAUUACUUGCCUAUCUCAGAUCUCUAGCUCUUACUUUGAUGGAUAGUCUGUGGAUGGAAAUGUGCCAGCAUAAGCAAGAUAGGGAGGAGGGAGGAAUACUGAUGCAAAAUGCCCCUGGCUUACCAGUACCCCCCCAGACUUUCCUGGGAGCAGGUGCAUUUCUGUUCCCUGUUUGCCUAGGCCUGUCCUGGUGUCAGUGACACCAGGUGUCAGUGACACCAGGAGGCAGCAGCAGGCAUAGGGAGCACACAGUGGAGCACAGGAGGAGGCCUCCUUGGCUUGGAGAUCACCGUGCAUCAGGUUUAAUCGAUGCCUUUCCUGCUGUGCUGAGCGAGUGAGAGGAAAUUGUUUUGAAUGUGUUGCUCACAGCAUCUUGAACUUGUUUCGCUGCAAAGACAGAAGGGUUCAGUUUUUCUCAAAUGAGCUCUUUAUUCUCUUCUUCCCUCUGCAUCUUAGCUAUGGCAUCUGACUGUGAAUAAUGCACACUUCUCCCGACCCUUGGGUUUGUAUUUCUAGCCCAUAGGAUUUUUGGUUACCAAUUUCCCUUCCCCACUUUUUGCUCAGGCUCCUUGCCUCUUUUACCCUGCUGUGAAGCAGAAAUCCGUGAAGCACAUUCAGACGUCCUUUUGCAGGGCUUGCCAGUGUCUGCAGGGGUCCGGGCCCUCCAGCCAUGAGACUGACCUCAGCAGGGAUAAUCUUCACAAGAGACCAAAGCUCUUCCCAUACCAGCAAAAGCACACAGGAGUUAUGGUGGGUUGUGAGGGGACGCAGUGGGCAGGGUCCUGGUAUGUCAUCUGCCUUGGAUCUUGAGCUGACUGCGGCAGUGUCCCCCAUGCUGGUCACACUUUUGCUGAUAUGACUAUUCAGACAUGAUUCAGGCUUGGUCCAUCUCUUUCUCACAGCACAAACUCAACCAGGUAGCCCGUGGGGGUCUUUGGAGUCCCGCUCCUUUCUUAUCUCAUGAGGAUUGCUGUUGUUUGUUUGACCAGUGUGUAAGACAGCCUAGACAGCCAGCUUGCGGAUAAGCAGAAACAGCCUCUGCCUUUGCAGAUUCCCCUCUCAGCCCUGUCAAAAGAGGUCUUAAAAGCAGAGAAAUGGUACGUUGAUCCCCCAGCCAUUGUAUACAAUGCAGUAAUGCCUAUGCAAUUCCUGUCUCCCUUGGAGACAUGUAUGAUGUGUGUGCAUGUAAGCUAGUGUAUGUAUACAGUACAUAUGCAUAUGGUCUAUAUAUUGUAUAUACGCACAUCCCAGUACAUAUACACACAGUAAAAAAGAUUAAAAUCACAUGCUUAUAUAUCUAUAAAUAAAAUCCUAUAUAUUUAUAUAUUUCUAUGUUUUCGAUAGAUAUAAAGAUAUAAUAUAGAGAUAGACUCAACCACCCUUGUGUAAGGCUGGCCCUGUGUUCUAGCACAAGGCAUGUAACACUGAAGACUUUGGACUUUGAAAUGGUUUUAGCCAUAACUGAGGCCUACAUUUACAUGUACAGUACUCUAUGGAGAGGGGCUUUACUGUGUUUGGGGCAAGGGGUUUCCUUGCUGGCAUGUUACCCAAGUGAUAAAUAAGGUUUGUUUAAUAGAAGAAUGUCUUGGUAGGGAAAAAUGCUCGAGUGUCCUUGUCUUCUCCCAAGUAAGCCUCUUGCUGAGGUCCUGUGUGUUCACACUUGGACAGAUACAUAUCCCACCCUCAUAUACACUUUUGUCUCUCUGCAUGGAUGCAUUUAACAACAGUGGGUGCUGGUGCUGGAAAUGUGGCUUUCUGCUCUUCCGCCUGGUGUUUCUCAGUAGUUGCCGGCACACUGCUAGGGACACCCUGCACUGGCCAGUGCUCACACAACACGCAGUGAGAGCGUGGGUUAACCUGGGGGCGCGAUCAGUGAUACAGCCAUGAUGCCAGGAUAAAGGCAGCAGGAGAGCAAAGGUGUUACUGAGUGGGGGGAAAGUUACUGCCUCACAGUCGGACAUGGCAGGGAUGGUAUAUGGAGCUGGAGCAAUAUGAAUGAGAAGGAACCAUGAAUUUGGAGCAAUAUGGAUGGGAGUGUGUGAUCCCCACUGGGGAGGCACAUUCAACUCUGUUGGGUCAGACUGACUGCUCCCUCAGGUCUCACAGCUACUCCUCAGCUGGUGAGCAGCCUGCCUGGCUGGGGUCCCAGGGAGGUUUUCUGGAGGAAAGAGAUUGAUGUGAUUGUGUGGAAGACAUGGUCGGUGAUGCAUGUGUGCCUUUGGGCCCCAACACACAGCAUAUGGACCUUGCCAGGCUGAAGCACCGAAGGGUGCAGGCCUCUUACCCUUCCCAUGCAAAGAGUCACCUACUUUCCCAUGACCAGCAUUUCCAUGCUGGGAUGGGGGUGGAUCCAAACAAUGGAUCAGCCUGGUGUCUCCCAAUGCCUGUGGGAUGGAUAGCUGCCUCAUCCCUCCAUCCCUCCCUUCACACAGCUGCUCGUAGGCCACUGACCCUUCUGCAUCCUGAAGCCUUUGGCUGACUCCGGAAAGGACCCACGAGGUGCCUCUGGCCAGUCUGGCAGCUGGUGGUUACUCAGUGAGCUGCUUCCCCACAAGGGUUGAAGGAGGAGGUUUGCCUUUGCAGCUCCAUGCCAGGCCUGGCAACCACUGCACUCCUUGCCGUUUGUUUUAUUUGUUGACUUCAGUCUGGAGGAGGGUGAGUUGUAAUUCUGACGUCCGAAUGACUUGUUACACUGGUAUUGCCUGAGCAGACACUGUGCAAGCUCCCCCCAAGCCCUGUCACACACCUCAGUGCCCUCUCCCAGGCCUCUCUCCUCCACACAACUGGUAAUCCACCUCAGCCGCCCCUGCCUGGCGGCAGCUCCCCACUCUGCCACAGCCCCUCAGCUGUGCAGCACCACGGGGAUCUCCUCGACACCUGUUCCUCACAAACCUCAGAGACAGUUUUCUCACUCCUAGCCCCCUCCUCAGAUGCCACUGACACUCAUGUAAGCUCAGCCCGCGGCCUCGCCUCCCCACCGCCUGUGCUGGUGGUGCUGCCGCCCGGCGAGGGGCUCCCAUGCACUGCACCUCAUGUCAAAUAAGCUCGCUGGGCUAUGUGGGGGAACCAUGUCUCAUAUGCUGUAAUGUCCCAAAUGCUACAGGAGGGCUACAGAGUUUUCUGCCAGUCAUGGCAUCCUCAUAGACUCACCCGACAGUUAGCAAAAAUGCAUUUCUACUUCUAGAAAAUGAGGCUUUAUCUCAAACCUCUCUGUAUCCACAUCCAAGCACAGCCCUGCUGAACUGUUUCAAGCGAUCUCUCACCCACCCACUCACCUACCACACACACAUAUGAAUGAGAGAAAAAUAUCUAGACGUCUAUUACUACAUAUGUAUUAAUAUGUUAAUAUCACUCUUUUCGAGAACAUUAAAAUGUUAUUACUUUACAGACUAUGCUUUAUAGUACCUGUGUGAAAGGACCUAGGACACUGGAUACGAAUAGAGCUAUGUUGAUAUAUCAUAGUAUGUACACGAGAACUUUCCUUUUGUCAUAUUAUCCUUGUAAUGUAAAAUGAUUGUUAAUAAAAAAAAAAUUAAAUUUA